AUGUCAAAAAGAAGCAGCGCUGAGUUUGGCUGGAGGAAGCGUUUGCACCAUAAAGUGCUUUUGGCGACCCGCACUGAUCUGGCAUCCAAGAUGAUGCAAGACAUGAAGGAGGCCCGUGAAAAAAUGAUCGUCGAUGUCAUGAAUCCAAAGGGACCCAAGUUUGCCAAGGCCUCGAAGGCCUCGAAGGCGUUGUCAGCACGACUCCGAUGGGGCCGCGGGUCUUUCGGCAGUGCGGAACGUAAGGAAGUCGCGCAACGGGAGGCUUCCGAGAUGCAGAUCUCGCGUCGCGUGAAGCGCUCCAUCGACAAUUCCCCCAUGGGUGCCUGGGCUCAUAUGAAAGAGGAUCGGGAAGAGGAUCGUCGCGCGCGAUGGCAGGAGGCUGAAGCGGUCUUCAGGGAACUGCCCGGUGGUGGCCAAGGUCUCUCCAUCCUGGGCCAUGAUGUCAUGGAAGAUUGGGAGGCACCCUACAUGGAUGCCUUGGCCGCUGCGGCAUGUCAGCAGGGUGGCCGCAUCCUGGAGGUGGGCUUCGGCCUGGGCCUCUCGGCCGCGGCCAUCCAGCGCCAUGGGAGAAGCACCGGCGUCACGGAGCACGUGAUCCUGGAGGCCAACGAGAUGGUCAUGGCCAAGGCUGGAUUCUGGUCCGACGAAGCUCAGAUUCCCACGGUGGUCCUGGGCGGCUUCUGGCAAGAGCUUGUGGAAUCACUGGAAGAUGGCACUUUCGAUGGUAUCCUCUUCGACGCCUACCCGCUGUCCCCCGGCGAGGCUGCCGGCGACGGCGAGGUGGGCGCCUUCUUCGUUGAAGCGGCGCGGCUCUUGCGGCCAGGUGGCUGUUUCAGCUUCUACUACGACGCAGGGCGCAGCUGGUUGGAAUCUGUACAGAGCUUCCGUUGUGAGACGGUGCCCAAGCUGCUGACAGCUGGAUUUCGUGAGGUCAAGGAAGAUCAGGUCCUUUGCCGUCCUCGCCCCGGCUGCAGUUACUUCUGGAAGGAACGCUUCCUGAUUCCCAUGGCCAUCCGAUGCCUGUACCCAGUCUAUGACCUGCCACGGCACAUCGGCCUGCACUUCGUAGGGACCAAGGUGCUCCAACCCUCCUCUCUGCGCUUUGCACUUGCUCAGGCAUCUCAAGAGGUGAAAUGGGCAGCCAGUGGCGAUGGCUGCCUGCUCAGCACAUGUGGUCUGACCGAGCUUUCUUUGUCGUCCAAGAUGUCCAAGGUCGAUCGAGGCAAGAGACUCCAUGCGACCACUUCUGGAUGCUGGGACUCCAUUGGCAAGUUGCGAUCUGGGGCCGGGUGUUCGAAUCCACCCUUGCCAUUCCGCAUCCCCGACGACAGCGCGACAUCGGUCUUUCGGGAGUUUCGCAUCUCCUGCGUUCACCUUCGGAGAGAAAGGGAGGCCUUAGACGCCUUAGAGGGGAAGGAGGUCGGCUGGCGAUUCCUCUGCAAACUCUGUCGCGAGAGGCCAUUUCUCUACGACCGAGUACACGAGGUGCUGCAGAUUCUGAUGAUGAGUGAUGUGUGGAUGAAGGCAUUUGCUGAGGACCCCGAGUGUCGGAUUGAAGAUUUGCCUCCAGAGAUCCAGAGUGAAAUCAAAAGACGCGCCGAACAGGCGUUGGAUCCAGCGUCCAAGGCGGAUGGCUACCCGGCUGCUCAUAGCUCGCACCAGGAGUUCAAGGCCAGUGGCACCAUCGCUGUGGUGGUGCAGCGCUUUGUGAAAGCCAAGUUGCUGCUGAAUGAAGCGUCGGACUCGUGGGCGGAGCUUGGCCGGGGCCUCUUUGUGGCAGUGUCCUUUACCAAAAGUGCCACGGAGGACAAGCUGCAGCCCGCUGCGAGGUUUCUUCUGACAGCCAAGCUCUCCAGAGGAUCCACUGAGGAGGCGGAGUCGCUAUUGUCCUUGUGCCAGCGUGGGGAGUGCCAGGGCAUUCUCCUUCUUCCACAGGUAGGGCUGACUGGUGGAGUGGCGUCAUUUCUCCGCAGAUACUCUCACCAACUGGUGAAAAGCCGGGCCCACGUCCUGUACGACUCCUUCAUCCAGACCUUGCACGCCACUGCAGCGGACCUGAUGAACGAGGCCAAGGACAAUCUCCAGAUUGUGGCAGGCGACUUCGAUGGCCCUCAGGUGCUGGAAAUGUCCUCAGCUGGGCCCUUCAUGCACUCCUUCUCCGUUUGA